UCGGCCACUGGAUUGACUGGUCGCGUUCCCCGGUCGCGUUCGGUGCUCGGGAGAAGAGCCAUGGCUACUUUCCGAUUGGCGCUCAUCCAGCUUCACGUUUCUUCCAUUAAAUCAGAUAACAUUGCCCGGGCUUGUAGCCUAGUCCGGGAGGCAGCAAAGCAAGGUGCCAAAGUCAUCUCCCUGCCGGAAUGCUUUAAUUCUCCAUAUGGAACAAACUACUUUCCUGAAUAUGCAGAGAAGAUUCCCGGAGAGUCCACACAGAAGCUCUCUGAAGUAGCAAAGGAGAAUAGCGUUUAUCUCAUUGGAGGCUCCAUCCCUGAAGAGGAUGCUGGGAAACUAUAUAACACCUGUGCUGUUUUUGGGCCUGAUGGAAGUUUAUUGGUAAAGCACAGAAAGAUCCAUCUGUUUGACAUUGAUGUUCCUGGGAAAAUUACAUUUCAAGAAUCUAAAACAUUGAGUCCUGGUGAUUGUCUCUCCACAUUUGAUACUCCUUACUGCAAAGUAGGCCUGGGCAUCUGCUACGAUAUGCGCUUUGCAGAACUUGCACAAAUCUAUGCACAAAGAGGCUGCCAGCUCUUGGUGUAUCCAGGAGCUUUCAAUCUGACCACUGGACCUGCCCACUGGGAGUUGCUCCAACGAGCCCGGGCUGUUGAUAAUCAGGUGUACGUGGCUACAGCCUCUCCUGCCCGGGAUGACAAAGCCUCGUAUGUGGUCUGGGGACACAGCACUGUUGUGGAUCCUUGGGGACAGGUCCUAACCAAAGCUGGCACUGAGGAAAUGAUCCUAUACUCAGACAUAGACCUGAAGAAGCUGGAUGAAAUUCGGCAGCAAAUUCCCAUUUUAAAACAGAAAAGAGCAGACCUUUAUGCAGUAGAGUCAAAGAAGCCCUGAAGUUUGUUCCCAACAUAUCACAAGCAGGAUGGUACUCUGUAUGAUAAUCAACUUUACUAAAUCCUUUCUAGGGAGAGUGCUGGGAAAUGAACCCAACCUUACACACGUUAAUUCUACCACUGAUCUGCAUCACAAGCCCCUUAUUGAGUGAAAACUUUUCUUUAAAUUUGUUUGUUCUAGCUCCCCUGAUAAAGAAUUACUUAGGCUGGUGGUUCUUAGGCAUUUCAGUCUUAAGAUCCUUUUGUACAAUUAAAAACUGAAUACUAAGCAUUCUUGUUUGUCUGUGUAGCUAGUGGUAGGCUGGUCAAGGUGUGAUACUCAGCUGUCUGAGAAAAUGGACUCUUGUUGAUUUCCACAGUGCUAAUAUCCCAAAUGUUUUCAAACAUUUUUAUUAAAAUUGGUUUUCAUACAAUA